ACAUGGCUCUCCACUGUGGUCGGGCGUGCAGACAAUAUUUACUUCAUCUUGCACAUGAUAAUGUCGAUUUUAGAUUACCGGAAAUAAAAGCAUUACUGUCUUUAAGGGACCGUCCAUUUGAUACAUCAGAAACAUUCAACGAAAAGUCUCCCUUUUGGCAACUAAAUGGCUUAUCAGAAGAUGAUAUACGGAGUGUUAUGUCCAGAACGGUUUGUGGAAAGUCUGCUUUUGAACUUUGGGGUCAUGGAACAACAACAGAUGAGCUUAGGAUGUCGUUGUUGGAGUAUCCAGCAGAAAAAAUGGCUCCAUAUCUACAAAACAAUUCUACUUAUAAGAUCAAUGUCUACACUUUCAACAAAACGUUAGUGUUUAAGGACAGAAUCGAAAAGAUUGAUGCUCUAGACUUCUUGCCGUUUAAAGGGACAGUCAAUCUAAAGGAUCCGGAACAUAUUUUCUGUUUGCUGGAGGAUUAUGGCUCUGAUCCUUAUGACAUCCCAGAGGAGCCUUUCCAUAUGUAUUUUGGCAGAUGGAUUGCAGAUGGACAGAGAGAAUUAAUUCGCUCUUACAGUGUGAAGAAGAGACAUUUCAUCGGGAACACUAGUAUGGACGCUGGCCUCUCCUUCUUUAUGGCCAAUCAUGCCAAAGUAAAGGCUGAUGAUUUGGUUUAUGAUCCAUUUGUUGGAACAGGUAGUCUUCUGGUAGCUUGUUCGCGCUUUGGGGCUUAUGUAUGUGGGACAGACAUUGAUUAUAACACUAUCCAUGGAGUAG